CCUGUCUUAGGCAUGCGCAGUUGCUUAUCUCGACUUCCUAUUUCCGCCUCUUUGAUCGAGGACGUACACAGAACUCAAGCCGAAAGGUGCUAAGGGUCAAAAAUGACAACACCAGUCCAGCCACACCCAGGCUUUCCAGCCUAUUACUAUGGUGACUCAAAAGCAGGCAGUAUGUCAGAGCUGAGUGAAGUCGGGAUGAAGCGCUAUGGGUCCCAGCCAUCCAUUGGUGGCCACUCACUGGGCUCUCGCUCCUUGCUGUAUGGCAGCAGACGCAGCUUGUAUUCUACAUACACUGUGUCGGGCAUGUCAUACAUUCUGCCUGUUAUGACCAAACAGCCUAACCCUUGGCGACGCCCAUGCGAUAACUGGCCCAUAGCUUUCUGCUCUCUUUUCAUCAACCCUCUGUUUGGAGUGUUUGCCAUCUUGCUUGCUGAACAGUCCAAGAUCUACUAUGCCAAGUGUGACUAUGUCCGAGCCUCCCAGUAUGGUGUCUAUGCCAAAGGAGUGGCAGCUGGUGGCAUCUACAGUUCUUUUAUCCUUCUGCUCUGGAUCCUGGGGAUUGUCUUUUGGAAUGCCUUCCGCUACUAUGGCUGGUGAGCUGUAAGGUGCAACAUUCUGCCAUUUGCAAUAACUUGUGUCUGCAUGGAUAACUGCAGCACACAUUUCAGAAAGGGGAUUUAUGUUGAACAUUGCUUCAGACUGGACUGAACAAGGAUACUUCAUUGAUAUGUUAGAUGAUCCCUUGCACAUGGUAUAAAAAAAAAGUUCCUUAUUGCUUUAUAAAUAUUAGGAAUUUUUAUCAUUUCAUUGUUAUUAUCAUUGCAUAUAAAGCUGGCCCCUCAUAACCUGUAAGAAGGUUAGGGGAUGACUUAUUAUGUAAUAUUACUUAGAGAGAUGGUCUUUAUGUAUGACCUGGAAUAAUGCAUUUUAAAUGUCUUUUGGUUUAUCAUUUUGAUUAAUUCUCCUAUACAGACAUGUAAUGUGUCUAAAAUAUUGCUGAAAACUAAAUUCAGUCUCUGGAUUAACUGCUGGUUGUUUCAAGACCAUUUAUAUCGGUUAAAAAUCUGGCAUUAAAAAGGGAUUUACCAGGAGGAUGUUUUAGUACACUAUGAACAGACUGAUUACCAGAAGUUAGUAAAUUUUUGAAUGAUGGAAUCCUUUAUUUCAACCAUUCCAUCAAUAUUGUUUGAAGAAAAUGUGGUUAUUAAAAUAUAAAUUGAAAAUAAACUAAAUUAAUAUUCGCUGAAAUUACUCCUUAAUUAGGAAAUUUCUUCUGCUGGAAAGCUCCAUACAUUAACAUAGUUCUAGACCCACAGAUUUGAUUUUAAGUAUGGUAAUAUGAUUGAAAGGGGUUUAAGGGUUUAAAAAGUGUCCAUAAAUAGAAAUCUGGACAUAGUAAUCAAACAGAUGUAUCUCCUGUCCUCUAUUUUUGUUUUGGUGAUGUACAAUAUUCCAGAAAAUAUCCAGAAGUAUCCUAAAUGCUUCUUCUAGUUUUGUGAAUACACUAGACCAGUAGGCCAUAUUUUCCUGAUACAGUUGACUCGAUCAUUCCAGAUAGAUAUUUGCCUGUUGGCAUCAAUUUUGAUGACAAACUUUAUAAACUUCUUAUACACAUUAUGCAGAUUGGUUGUGGAUCAAGUUGUACUUUUUUGCAAAGUUGAUAGAAUAUGGUAUUUCCAGAUAUUUGAUCCCAUCUUAAGAAAUAAAAGAAGCAGUGUUUAAACAUUCCAGUUGUGUGAUUAAUAACACAACUAACUGCUUCCAAGGGCCUGGGAAUAAAUAAGUCCUAGAAUUGACUUAGGGAAAGAAGAGUUGUGCCCCUUUACUGGCAAACUAUUCUGGUCAAAAUGAUUUUCCAUUUUGGCUUUCCCCCCCUCCCACUCCUUGCCUUUAAGAUUACAAUGGGAUGUUGUUGAAAAUACUUAUGUUUACAUUACAGGUAGUCAUUAACCCUACAAAGAUUUUCAAGAACUAUAUUUUUAUACUUGACUAACAAUGUAUAUCUGCCUCUUGUAUAUAUGUGUGUGUGUGCAUAAAUGAACUGGGAAACUAGACUGAUAGAAGUUGUAGUGGUGGGUUAAAGGUUCAAAGAGUUUUGGGCUGUAUUAACUAUACAGAUGAGACUUUUAUUUCGUGCUAGAAGAUUAACAUUCUGAAGGAUUUAUUUUUUUCUGUUUGUAGUUAAGAGAAAUCAGAUAAACAGGGACUUCAGUUAGUGAUACAUUUUAUAGUGUCUUCGUUCUCUGUGAUGACAAAACUGUGUGUGUGUGUUGUGGGAGGGAGGGGGUGGGGAAGUUGAGAAAAAUGCUGUUUACAUGAGUGAUGUUAUAUGCUUGAUAACUUGAUGGAAUCGACUGCCUGAGUCAUCACCAGUACUGGCAGCAGUGAGUGCAGCCAGUUUUUGUCAAUCUCAAAUGUAAAUAUAUUUUUAUUUUCUUAUGUGUUGAAUAAAUAUCCAUACCACAUUAA